AUGUGGAAAAUAGUGGGAUCACUGGAAACGAUCAAUACUUGAUCGUACUGUGUUUUUUAGCAAUGGAGUGAGGAUUUGGUCAAGAAGGCCGACGCGUUGAAGUGUUCGGAACUGAAACCGGGCACAGAUUACCGUUACCUAAUGGUGAAGGAUGGCGGCGAAUUGAGGAACGUGGCAGAAUUGAGAGAAAUUGUGGACUUCCACAGAACGAAACCAAUGGCUGAACGCGAAAGAAUCUUUGAAAUGAGCGAAGAGUCGAACGCAGGCCUUCGUGAAGCGGCGCUUCCGGCUCAAUCGAGGAUCGGAUGUGUGGAGAAGAAGUGCGAAUUGCCUGUUCUUUGCUUGUUCGGGCCUCAGUAAGUUGGAUCGAAACUGUAUGAAAAGUGGCUCAUAAUCAUAAUUUCAGCGGUUCUAUGAAAAAGACAGCCGCGCAGACGAAGCGAGGAGCGGCCGGAUCGGAGUGUGGACAUGGGACCAAGGAGGACGGACUGUGCUCGGAUUCUGGAAACAUUCCCUUCUUCGUUUCGAUUGCGGUUCUGUUCAUGAGUAUUGUGUUGAAUUUCUGA